CACAGCCCGCUGACUUCUCCCACUUAUCCGCUCACAAGUGUCACGAGCGGCAGUGCUCAGCACCGCUCGCCUUCGCCGGCCGGACCCGUGCUGCACCCCGCAGCCGGCGCUGCGAGGGUGCUGCGAGGCCGCCUGCCCGCCGCCGGGCUCCCUGCCCGCUGCCCUCGCCGUCCCCUGGGAAGUGACAGCACCAGCUGCCACCGCUGCCGCCCCUCCCGUGGCCCUCCCGGCGCGGGUGCUUCCCCCGUGGGACAGCGGGGGGACGGGGGCAGCGGGGGGGCUCGUGCGCGUCCCAGCUUCAGGCCCGCGGAUGGAGCCUCGCGAAUGUAUAGGCUCGCAGCCUGGGCUCGGGGUGGCUGCUUUGGCGUGGGGGGGUCGGUCCUUGUAGCCCGAUCCCCGGUGUCCUCAGAGGCACCAGCCCUGCGGUCACAGGGCAGGAUUCACCCCGCUAUAUUUAGGUGCCCACCGUGUGCGUGGCCGUAUCAGGGUGAGGCCGGCUGUGCUCAGCGGGGAGCCACCGGCGUCCCCUGAGCACCCACCCCGGGGGGUGCCGCUGGCCUGGGGACACGGAGGGGGAUUUGGGGGGGCUCCGGGCAGCCCCAGCAGGCGAGCAGCAGCCGGGUGCUGCGGCACGGCUCAGCCUUCGCCUCGCUGCUCGGGGCACUCAGGCAAAGUUCGGCUCCCCUUCGCUGCCUGGCGUCCAGCUCAGCGCCGCCUGCCCCGGCUCGGCUCCGCUGGCAUCCCAGCGCCUUGGGUUUCAGGGCGGGGAGGGGACGGACGGCUCGCUCGCCUCCCACGGCUCCGGUUACCCAGAACUUGUCUCAGUCGACAACUGGGACGGGCGGAGGGACGGCGGGGACCCUGCGCAGCCCAGGCACGGCGCCUCGGGGCGCUGAGCAGCCCGAGCCCGGCUCCGGCAGGAGAUGCCGUGGUGCCAGGAGCUUGCUGGUAGGAAGCCGGGUUUGCUCCACGGCGCUUCUGGAAGGGAGAGGAGCCGGCCGCCCCGCGCGGCACCGCCCCGGCGCUUUGCAGGAGUGACCAGGGCACCCUCAUGCCCGAACCGCACCCUCCCGACUCCUGCCCUGGGAAGAGGAUAUUGCUCUUAAAUUCCCUGCUGGGUGUCUUUCUGGACAAGGGGGACGUGACCGCGCUCAGCCUGCCCGCCGCCGCCGGCCACGGUGAUGCCGACGGCCCCAUCUGCCUGGAUGUCCCCGACGGCACCCCCGACCCCCACCGGACGAAAGCUGCCAUCGAGCACCUGCACCAGAAGAUCCUCAAGAUCACCGAGCAGAUCAAGAUCGAGCAGGAGGCGCGGGAUGACAACGUGGCCGAGUACCUGAAGCUGGCCAACAACGCGGACAAGCAGCAGGCCUCCCGCAUCAAGCAGGUUUUCGAGAAGAAGAACCAGAAGUCGGCGCAGACGAUCGCGCAGCUGCACAAGAAGCUCGAGCACUACCACAAGAAGCUGAAGGAGAUCGAGCAGAACGGCCCGUCCCGGCAGCCCAAGGAUGUUUUCCGGGACAUGCACCAAGGCCUCAAGGACGUGGGCGCCAACGUCCGCUCCAGCAUCAGCGGCUUCGGCGGCGGCGUGGUGGAGGGCGUCAAGGGAGGCCUCUCGGGGCUGUCCCAGGCCACCCACACCGCCGUGGUCUCCAAGCCCCGGGAGUUCGCCAGCCUGAUCCGGAACAAAUUCGGCAGCGCCGACAACAUCGCCCACCUGAAGGACACGCUGGACGACGGGCACCCCGAGGAGGCGUCGCGGGCGCUGAGCGGCAGCGCCACGCUGGUGUCCAGCCCCAAGUACGGCAGCGACGACGAGUGCUCCAGCGCCACCUCGGGCUCGGCCGGCGGCAGCAACUCCGGGGCAGGGCCCGGGGGUUUGGGGAGCCCCAAGUCCAACACGCUGGACAGCCACCACAACAACUUCGACACCAUCCUGGAGGAGCUCCGGGAGAUCAAGGACAGCCAGUCGCACCUGGAGGACUCCAUGGAGGACCUCAAGGCGCAGCUGCAGCGGGAUUACACCUACAUGACGCAGUGCUUGCAGGAGGAGCGGUACAGGUACGAGCGCCUGGAGGAGCAGCUGAACGACCUCACCGAGCUGCACCAGAACGAAAUGACCAACCUGAAGCAGGAGCUGGCGAGCAUGGAGGAGAAGGUGGCCUACCAGUCCUACGAGAGGGCGCGGGACAUCCAGGAAGCGGUGGAGUCCUGCCUGACGCGGGUGACCAAGCUGGAGCUGCAGCAGCAGCAGCAGCAGGUGGUGCAGCUGGAAGGGGUGGAGAACGCCAACGCCCGGGCGCUGCUGGGCAAGUUCAUCAACGUCAUCCUGGCCCUGAUGGCCGUGCUGCUCGUCUUCGUCUCCACCAUCGCCAACUUCAUCACCCCGCUCAUGAAGACCCGCAUGCGCAUCCUCAGCACCGCCCUGCUCGUCCUCUUCCUCUUCUUCCUCUGGAAGCACUGGGACUCCAUCACCUACUUUCUGGAGCACGUCCUGCUCCCCAGCUGAUCCGCGGCCCCGCUGCUGCAGCCUGGGGGCUUUCCGUAUCCCAUGGAGGAGGGGAUGGGAUGGGAGGGGGGGACGCAGCAGUCUGGAGCCUUCGGGUUGUUUCUUCGCACACGGUUCGGUCGCUUUUCCGGCCCCCGCUGCGCCUGGCUGCCGUUGCUCGGAGCGUGGCGGAGUCGGUCCCGCGGGAUGCUCAGGGAGGGCGGAAUGGGGAACGAGGAGGAGUUUGGGAAGAAACUGGUUGUUUACGUGGCGGCGGGUUUUUCUAGGGGUUUUAGGCUGUUUUUUAAGGUCACUCGGUUCUGAAAGUCUGUGGGAAGGUCUGCAGAGCCCGCUUCGGGGCUGUCGGGAAGGAUCGAGCUGGACCAAACCUGGCUCCGGGGGUUACUCAGGGCUGGGUUUUUCCUUUCGUCCUUAAAGACCAAGGUGGUAAAAAGUCCGAGGAUGGAACAAAAGCGAAGCACGUGGUGAAGGAGAAAAUGGGUCCAAGGCAAGUGUCGCUGAGCCCAGUGAGCUCGCAGCGGGACGUGCGCGGCUGAGCAGCUCCUGCCGACCCCGCCACCAGCUGUCCCCAGCGCCAGAGACAGCACCAGCACUGGCACGAGUGAGACCCCCCUCUGCUGGUUUCCCUUCAUUUAUUUAUUUCCCCCCCCCCCACCCUUUGCCUUUAGUCGAUCUGAUCUCUUCAGGGACACCUGGACUUGCCAGCAUCACGCCUCUGAGUCCUCCAGCCUCUGCAACGUGUCGUGUGUGUGUGCGUGUGCGUGCGCGUGCAGUUUUUAAUUUAAUUCAAGACUCUGUUUCCAUUUGUGAAUCAAAGCUGGUAGUGCCAGGGGAGGCGGGCAGCUGCCUUCCCAGCCCUACACAAGAGCACA